AUGAGGGGUUCGGAGCAACUUAGAAACCGUUGGAGAAGGAUCAAUGCUUCAUGUUCUAAAUUUUGUGGUUCACAUGCUCUUUCUGAAUCAAGAAGGGGAAGUGGAAACAAUGAUGAAGAUGUUAUGAAGGCAGCAUAUAGUAUAUAUGCUGCUGACAAAACAAAGACAUCAUUGAUGUCUAAAACCUUUCAAGACAAGCAUAUUUGGGACAUUUUGAUACAACAAGAUGCGUGGAAACCAAGUGAAGAUAUUGUUCAAAAAUGCAAGCAAAAAACAUCUACUCAAGGAAGUGACUCAAAGAGAUCACGUAUCAAUGAAGCUGGCAACUACUCAUCUUCAUCAAACCCGGAAACACCAACCAGUGGUGAUAUUGGGUAUUCAGGCUUGCCUUCCAGCAACGAAUCUAGCAAAAAUAAAGGAAAGAGCAAGAUGACAAAUAUGCCACUUGCAGCAUGGCAACAAUGGUUGGACACGGCCCAGAACAUGAACCUUAUAAGGCAAUCAGAAAAUCAAGUGGAACUUACAAGGUUGCAACUAGAAAGGGAGAAAUAA